ACGACUCGGCGAUGCCCGCAGCGGUGGCUGGAAGCGCUGCGCUCCCCUGCAGCUGAGAACACGAUGCCUGUUGUGAAAUACCCCAGGGCUGCAGAGCCUCUCUGGCAUGAAUGGGACAGGAAAGCACAGAAAGAUGGAUUAAGACAUACAGUCUAUGCUGUAAAUGGGGAUCAGUAUACUGGAGAAUGGUUGGACAACUUAAAACAUGGUAAAGGCACCCAGAUCUGGAAGCACAACGGCGCUAUUUACAGCGGCGACUGGAAGUUUGGGAAGCGGGACGGGUACGGCUCGUACAGCAUCCCUGACCCCGUGACCAAGGAGUACCUGAAGGUGUACACAGGCUGGUGGAGGAACGACAAAAAAUGUGGCUACGGGACGAUGCUCUACCCCAGCGGGGAGCGCUACGAAGGCGAGUGGAGCAGCGGGCAGAGGAGCGGCUGGGGUCGGAUGUGCUACGGAGACGGCUCCACCUACGAGGGGCAGUGGCUGGGAGACCGGCCGGGCGGACAGGGGAUGCUGUGCCUGCCAAACAAUGACAGGUACGAAGGAGGUUGGAAAGAUGGAAAGAAGCACGGCCCAGGCAGAUUCUUCUUCUUGAAUAAGGGACAACUGCUUGAAGGCAUCUGGGUGACAGAUGUACCAAAAUGCGGGAUUAUGAUCGACUUCAGCAGAGAUGCAGCUCCUGCCCCCACCCAGUAUCCAAUCCCAAAGAUUGAACUAGCUGAUCCUGAUGGUGUUUUAGCAGAGGCCCGAGUGCUUUUUGAUGACAGCCAGAACGACUAACUGGAUGCUGAAGGACAAAAGACGCAGGAUAAGAACACGAUCUCGGGUUACUUACGUGCCUCAUGCCCAUGCUGCUGUACGUCGUCUUGUGGUCAGCCUCACCCGUCCCCCAGAACUGCCCCUGUAUGCCUCACUGUGCAGGCAGCUGUGCUUCAGGCCUCCUCCCACCCACCGUUAUUUAAAC